UGGUUUGUUUUGACCACUGUUUACCUAAAUUUUUCCCUUUAUCCUUAUUCCUUGAUCAAUUUUUUAUUCUUAGUUAUUGUUUUGUUUGUUUAAUCUCUUGUUGUGAAUAUACUGUGAUAAUUUUUUAUCAUCUGGGUUAGCCUGUGCUCAGUUUUUCUAUGAUCAUCAAAGUGGCUUGAAUCAGAUUAAUUGAGUGAAAUAAAAUAUAGUCACCAAUAGGAAGGAUAUAAAAAUCUAAAAUGUUGGAUUUUUUUGUGAUCUUCUCCAAAGGAGGUAUUGUCCUGUUUGCCACUGUUAACCAAGCAAUUUCACAAGUAGUCAAUAAGCUAAUUAAACACGUUAUUCUCGAAGAGAGAAGAGAUGAGUUUACUUGUGACAAUUUGGCUCUCAAAUAUCAUCUGGAUAAUGAAUUUGACCUGGUUUUUGUGGUUGGUUACCAGAAAAUGCUGACUUUAUCCUAUGUGGAUAAAUUUCUGGAUGAUAUUCAGCUUGCUUUUCGAGACAAAUUCACUGAUUAUGAUUUGAGGAAGAUACUGAAAUCUAAAGGGAAUGGACAACAUCUAGCUUCAUCUUUAGGCGAUUCUGUAUCAAAUUCAUCUUCGUUGUCAUCACCCGAAUCAUCAUCAUUGUUAUCUUCGUUGAAUCUUGUUGAUUUUUAUCAUGAAUACAAAAUUAUUUAUACACGAUGCUGUAAACAGCAACAAAAUAUACCUCAACCAGAAAUGAGAUCGUUUCAACAGUCCACAAAAUCCCAGAAGACUGUCAAAUCAAUGAUUAUCCAAUCAAGCAAAAUUUCAAUACCAACUCCAGUUGCACCUAUUGUUGCACCUAAAGUUGAAUCUAAGCCUGAGUCUGUACCUAUCCUGGCGAAGCUAUCCCCUCGAGGAGUAAGACCUGAAAAGCCUAAAAAGAAGGAGGCCAAGCCUAUUCCAAAAGGAAAGAAAGCAAAAGAGGCUCGUCAAUGGGAACUUGGUGGUAAAAGCUCUGACGAUCUUGACUUUAGUAAAAAGACAAAUGGAGCCGUUGAAAACACUUCUUCGAUUGCCAAAAAUAUUGCUUCUGGGGACAUCGGAGCCACAAUUGAAGAAUGCGAUGUCGAACCAGACCUUGAAUUUGAAUGUAGCGACGAAGAAGAGGAAGAAGAUGAUGUUGAAAUUGCUUCUUCAACCAAUAAGAAAUCAUUCUUUGGAUCUCUUAUUAAAAGCAUGUCUAUCAACAAAGCAUUGACGCGCGCUGAUUUGGAUCCAAUUUUGAACCAACUUCGUGAUCAUUUGAUUUCAAAGAAUGUAGCAGCCGAAAUCGCAACCAAACUUUGUGAUAGUGUUGCUACUAAAUUGGAAGGACAAACUGUCAAUACUUGGAUUGGGUUGAAAUCAUUUGUGCGAAAUGCUCUGGAAGAGUCCAUGCUUCGAAUUCUCAGUCCUAAUCGGAAUCUCAAUAUACUUCGGGAUAUUCGAGCCAAAUCAGUUCCACCUUACGUUAUUGUCUUCUGUGGAGUCAAUGGUGUUGGUAAAUCGACCAAUUUGGCAAAAAUCGCAAACUGGCUGGUUGUUAAUGGCAACAAAGUUUUAAUUGUUGCUUGUGAUACUUUCCGAGCCGGUGCCAUCGAACAACUUCGAACACAUGUAACAGCAUUGAAGACUAUCCAUGAAAGAGAUGGGGCGAAGAAAAUUGAUCUUUAUGAGAAAGGUUACGGUAAAGAUUCUGCUGCUAUUGCCAUGGAAGCAAUUAAUUAUGCCCGCACUUCUGGAUACACAGUUUGCCUUGUUGAUACAGCAGGUCGAAUGCAAGAUAAUGAACCAUUAAUGAAACAGUUGGCUAAGUUGAUCAAAAUCAAUGAACCUGAUCUAACUUUGUUUGUUGGUGAAGCUUUGGUUGGAAAUGAAGCGGUUGACCAACUUGGCAAAUUCAAUACAGCUCUAUUGGACAAUGGCUGUCGAGGGGUCACUUCGAACGCAUCUGCCAUCAAUGGUAUUGUUUUGACUAAAUUUGAUACCAUUGACGAUCAAGUUGGUGCAGCCAUUUCAAUGACUUACAUUACAGGACAACCAAUUGUUUUUGUCGGUGUUGGCCAAACUUACAAAGAUUUGAAACAACUUAAUGCUAAAGCAGUGGUUAAAGCUCUUAUGAAAUAGAGAUUUAUCUGAAUAAGUGCAAGAAGUUUUUACCAGUUGAUAAAAACAAACUGAAAAAUAAACCGAAAUAAUAUAAUAAAAACAAUAUAAAUUGAACUGAAAGAUUAAA